CUCCCACAUCAAUAACAGUUGAAUCAAGAUGGCGGCCGAGGGCGAGUACGAGUCGAUUUUGUGCGUGAAACCCGAUGUCAACGUUUAUCGCAUCCCGCCGCGAGCUUCAAACCGCGCAUACAGGGCAGCUGACUGGAAGCUGGAUACCCCAGACUGGUCAGGUCGAAUGAGGAUCACCGCCAAGGGCCACAUUGCGUUCGUCAAACUGGAGGACAAGGUCUCAGGGGAGCUGUUUGCACAGGCACCUAUUAAGGAGUAUCCCGGUGUUACAGUGGAAACGGUCAGCGACUCCAGCCGAUAUUUCGUUCUGCGUAUACAGGAUGACAGCGGUCGCAGUGCUUUCAUAGGAGUGGGCUUUGAGGACCGAGGGGACGCUUUUGAUUUCAACGUGGCUUUGCAGGACCAUUUCAAAUGGGUGAAACAGGAGAAUGAAUUCAGUAAAAACGCCCAGCUCGGGGAUUCAGGUCCAAAGCUGGACCUGGGUUUUAAAGAGGGACAGACCAUCACACUCAACAUAGGGCAAGGUAGGAAGAGGGAUAAACCCCGCCCACAAGGCUCAGGUGGGUUUGGACUCCUCCCACCACCACCUGGAGGCAAGAUAGCCCCUCCUCCUCUGUCAGGCUCAUCCAAUCACAACAUAGUCCCCCAGACAGGAGACAUGACAACAGGCUGCCUGUUGGAGCUGGACAGCAGUAACUCUAACACAGUGGUUCAGUCGAACGCUAGUUCAGAUCUUUGGGGAGACUUCUCCGCUCCUGCAAGCUCUGUUGCACCACCAUCACCACCAGAGAACGCCGGAAACUGGAUCCAGUUUUGAGUCGUCGGCUGUCACAUCGGUUGUGAUUUCCAUCUCACCUGCAUCUGUGUCUGUAGCUUCCUGUGCAUCACACUGAGAGUAACUCCCACGCACUGAUCUCAAAGUAGAGACGCGAAACUCCACAGAGCUGUAGAAACAACUCACGACAUCAUUUCAUUCAGAAAGAAUCGUAGUUCUUUCAAAUAUUCUUGACAGGAAAUGAAGCAUUGAUCUGUUUGAAGCCAUUACAUGAUAUGAGCCAUUUUCCCAAAAAACAUAUUUAAGGGCUACGUGUGAUGUCCUGUGUAGCAGGUGUUCCUCUUUUAUGUGUCUGCAUCGCCUCCCCAGUAGAUGGCUCUCUGCACAGAGCUUUAUGAUCUGGAAUGUUUUUUUCUCACUGCAAAGGCUCCCCUGCAGGCACUACAGAGAGCUACGUAUGUCGAAGAGGCUCCAGUGCCCUUUUAAUAACCUGCUGUGAAUAAUGUGCAAAAAUCUGCAAAGCUCAGCUUAAGUGAAGGCUACGUUAACUGUAAGACAGUUUCUUUAUUGUUCUAAAAUUGGCACUUCAAUCUUAUUUUUGUGUAUCAGCCUUUUAUUAUUAAUUUUUCCUGAAAUAAUUCUCAGCAUCAGUCUGUGAAUAUAUGUAAAUAUAAAUCCUAUAGUAAGAAAAGUUUUCAGACAAAAUAUUUUUGUUUUUUUGUUUUUUUGACUUCAUUUGCAAGAGUUUUUCAUUAAGAGAAGUAAUUUUUUAGACUGAACAGGGAAUUAAAUGACUCGUUCCAUCCUCACACUGCAUGGUGACGUAGCACGGCCUUGUUCAGGUCUCAACACUACUGAAGGUCUAAAGUGUGGUUUCAUUACAUAAUGAUAAAGCAAGUGGAUUUAAAGAUGCAGAAGUUGAAGUUCAGAUUAGUUUUUCUUUGUUGGAUAGGAAAGUUAACAUUUCAAAUGAAAGCAGAUGCAACCCUCUGCUUAAAUCACCUUUAUCAUGCCUUCUGACAGUGUUUAUCUCUACACAAAGCAGGAAAUACCAGUAUUUAGUAUGUUCAGAGAAUCACUUAAAGUGAGAUGACCUACUGUAGGUAAAACAUUUUAAGAUAUGUUCAUAGAGAAUAUAUAUAUAGGGUACAUUAACAUUCCUGUCUGCCGUAUUUGUUUAAAAUUUAAAAUCAUAUGUGUUUACUACUGGGUGGCUUAUUUUGUUGUAACACUUGAACUCAAUAGCCAAAUCCAGACGUGUAUUCAUUGCUGUCAUUUCCUUUUUACAUACUUUUUCUGCAAUUAAAUAAGCUAAGAAUGAAACAUAUUUUGCAGAUUUUGGCGAUGGGUGUUUGUCUGCUGGCAGUAAAUUAAAACUACUUAAAUACUUGGAGGCCUUCUUCACCCCAAAUAAUUAUUUCACCUCAUCCCAAUUAACUUCCGGUCCAUGUUGUAUUGAUUAAAUGAGGGAAAGCAGGACAGGGAUAUAGGACUAUUUCUCAGAAAGUCCCAUUUACUUUCCUUAAGGCCCAUUUCUGAAGUCCUUAGAGGAAAUACGCAGUAAAUCUCAGCUUUACUUUUUGCAUUAAAUAUUUAGUUAACUAUUAUCCACCAGAUUUACAUUUAGAUGCAGCCCCUGCACCUCCCAAAAGCUCCCCUUCUGUAACAACCACUCUUCUGUUAAAGAGAAAACCGACUAAGGGGAGUUUUGAGCGUUUUAUUAACGGUGGAAGUGUUGUUCUGUAUUCCUACAGAAGUGCACAUGCAAUCAGCUCACCUGCUUGUUCAUGUUUGUGAAAUGACCAUGAAGUUUUUUAAAUGGCAAAAUGUUUAGGUGAGCUGUAAACCUGCUAAAACAGCCCUGUUCAUGACCUUCAUUAAAUACCGAAUGUUUCCUGGAAGUAAGAAUAGAUCUUGAUAAACAGUGUAGGAGUUAAAUUAAGUAAAGUAAGUUUUAAGUAAAUGCAGUUGCAGAACCUGCUCAACACGAGUCGGUACUGAGGUUUGACUGCAGAUUUAGAUAAUCUGAGGAUAAUAUUUGGAACUUAAAAAAGCAGUUUGACAUUUUGGGAAAUACUCAUAAUUGCUUUCUUGCUGAGAGUUGGAGGAGAUGAUCGAUAUCACUCAUGUCUGUGCAGUUAAUAUGAAGCUGGAGCCCGCAGCCGGGUGGCAUAGCUUAGCUUAGCAUAAAUACUGGAAACCGCUAGCAUGUAUAUUUCCUAAAAUGUGGAACUACACCUUUACUUUAUUUUAAUACAGAGUGACUUUAGCUAAAUAGAUAAACUUCCUAAUGCAGUUAUCCCCAUGUGUCUUAUUUCAGACUGUAAAAUGAAAUUUAAAAAUGCUCUUUUAUUGAACUUAUGUAGAGAUUUGAAAGCCUAAUAAAUGAAAAGAUUGUUUUACUUCAUCUGAUGAAUGUUCUAAUGGCAGCAAACGAUUUGUUGAUAUUUGUGCUUAAAAGGCUGACUGUGAAUGUAGACGGUGUUUACAGGACUUUGACAUGUGAAUUGUCAUAAACAUUUUUCGACUGUGAAUUAAUUUUGUUUGCAUAGAUUUAUAAGGUUCCCUGUGAUCAAAUCACAUGAAGUGUGUUAAAUUGGCAUUAAGAUUUAGGGCUGAUUGAUAUUUGUUGACAUGUGUGUUGUGUUUACAUUGCUCGUAUUGCUGGCUGAAAUAUAAAAAAAAUGUCUCCCAUUUCUCACUCAUUCCACUCUGGCUGUAAAAUCACUGGACUAACACUUUUGAUUUAUGACCGAUUUAUUGAGAAAGAGGCAAUAAAUCCUUUCAAAGGA